AUGUCCGCGGAGCUGCCUGGUUGCACACGAGGGCCUCACAUUGCAUGGCUACUGCUGCGGUGCAAGAAGGGGCAUGCCGUCAAAGAGCUGAAGGAGAGCGAUAAACGAUGGAACCCGUUCUUGCACACGGUAUGCAGCGUUUGCGGUGGGAGCAUUGCCAGCCAGACUGCGCGGUGGUCUUGCGAGUACCACUGCAGCACUGUCUGCGAUGCUUGCGUGAUGCAGCAGUUCCAGAUGCUUCUCGUUGAAUUGCAGCAAAGCUCUCUGCAUGUCGCACACAAUGGUGGUCCGGCGGUCGUCAAGGAGGUCGAGGCUAUUCCGUGGGAGCUACGUGGGACCAAGGAAUUCAACCAGCUGCGGAAGCUGUUGCAGCAGGACUCCAAGCCGUUCCCUCAUGCCUUUGGAAUUGAAGCUUGGAUGCACAACUCUACGUCACCACUCACUGACGCGGUUCGCAGGGUGCCAUCGGAUAGCACUGCAACAUGGUACAACGUGGUCUCAGGUGCUCGAGGGGAGGCGUUCAACUGGCCCUCGCGCUUCCGCGACCAUCCUGGCUCCAGCAGCAGCUGCUGGCGCUUUUUGCGGAGGGCCUGGGGCUGUAGUUGGAUUGGCGGUGGGGGCGUGUCGCGGGGAGCAAUGCAAGCCAAGUACCCAGAUGGCUUCUGCGAUCCUGUGGUCCUGGUCGAGGUCUUGGACGGAGAUGGAGAGACUUUGGCAGCGGCCAGGUCUCACAUGGCCACGAAGACCAGAAACCCAGUCUGGAACCAAACGUUGAGCUUGCCAUGUGCUCGCGACAUGCAGCUGGCACAACAGCAGGGGAAGCUUGGCUCAAUGUAUCGGAAGAGUGUCAAGCUGGCUGCAGCUCAAAAUGUGCCUCCAGAUCAGUGGGAUGUUGCCACCACAACUGUCCGUGUGACACUCUACGACAAGAGCGUCGGACCGAUGGAUCAGACGAUCGGAGAAGUUUCGGUUCCGCUGCCGCAACUUCUCGAGGAUUCUCAGGACACGUACUUGGUCAGCGAUGCGUGGCAGGAAGCAGUCUUAGGAACUCAGCAGCCGCACUUGCCGUGCAAAGUUUCCUUGUCUGUCGUUCAAGAGUCAUUGCCGAAAAACUGGCCCGUGGUGAAGGCAAAGAACGACCGAGGGCAAAGGUACCCGAUGCAUGUGUUUAUGAUGACGUGUGGCACGCGCGGUGACGUGCAGCCCUUUGUGGCACUGGCACGGGGACUGGCCGAGCAGCUGGGCUGGCUGGUCACAAUCUGCACGGAACAGAGCCAUGCAGCCUUCGUAAGAAAGCACUCGGACGUCCAUAGCAGCAAGAUCAGAUUUCGGCCUAGCGGUGGGAACACUGAGGCAAGAAUGGACAGUGUGGGCGCACAUUUCUUGCUCACACAUCGUGCUGAAUUCUUGCAGAUGAUCGCUCUGGCAAGAUCAGAAGCCGAGUUCUUCUCCAGUGCUACGGUCUUCGUCGAUUAUGUCAGGGCUAUGGAGGCUGAGCCCAACCCCGUGGAUCUAAUCAUGUUCGGCUUCACAUUGGCGGGAGUCGCAGCACUGGUCGGCGAGCACUGCCGCAAGCCAGUGGUAGGCUUUAUUUUACAGCCAAGCUGCAUACCGAGCAAGGAGGAGGAUUGGAAGGCAGUGCAGCCCAUCCAUAGCCCGGAAGGUAAAAGUCUUCUCGACACUGUCGACGAGAUGGCGUUUACGUCCCACAACUCUUUAAAACUAUUGAAGGACCUUGCGGAAAAGAACCCUUUUGCAUCUUGGAAUUUGAAUCAUCUCCGCAGGCUCUUCGGUCUUGGUCCGACAGACACAUGGCAGGCUUACAACCAGGCAAGGGUUCCGAUCAUCAUCCCAAUGCCGGCGGGCACGUUCCAGCGGCCUCAGGACUGGCCUGACAACAUUAUCCAGACAGAUUUCAUUUUUCUGCGAAACCAGGCUGGUACGGGCAGGAAAUCGUUGGGAGAAGUUGGCGACUUCGUCGAAACCGCAAGGCAAGAAGGGAAGAAGCUUUGCCUCAUCACCUUCAGCAGUAUGCCUGUUCCCCGCCGUACAUUGCUUCGAAUUAUUGUCAAGAUGCUGAAUGAAGCCAACUUCCCUGUCUCCGUGAUCUACGUCGGGCGCAUCGAUGAGGGGCCUGAAGACCUGGAAAACGCAGCUCGCCAGUUCAAAGAGACCGGUCGCUUCUUUGAAGCACGAGCUGUGGACUUUGGCCUUCUCUUUCCCGAGAUGGAUUGCUUUGUAGUUCAUGGUGGGCUUGGGACAACCGUGGAGGCUUUGCGAACCAGAAAGCCAUGCUGCGUCACAGGACCAUUGCUAAUGGAUCAACGCUUCUGGGGCUACGUCUGUCACGAAAAAGGUGUUGGUCCGAAGCCAGUGUUCAUCGCAGACUUCGAGAAGCACUGUGUGGAUUUCGUGAACAAUGCAGUGAACCCUGAAGGUCACAGCCGUGAAAGAUCGGAGCACGAAAGCUAUGCUUUGUCUCUAUAG